AUGAGAAUGGAGAAAGGAGAGUUUGCUGGUGUUUGGGGUGAAGCGAAAAUAACCCAGAAACCAACUUUUUCAGUAAAGGAGCUCGGACAGGCCAUCACACUGCCAUGCGAUACUACGGGACUUAAAGAUAAUGUAUAUUGGCUGCGACAGUACAAAGGGUGGGAAAUUGAGCACUUGUUAUGCCAUCAUAAAGAUCCUAACAAGUCUUAUGUGCCCCAAGAAUUGCGGUCUAAAUUCUUCCCAAGUUAUGAUACUUCAGAAAAGAAAUUCAUUCUGACAAUUCAGGAUUUGCGGACUGAGGACAGCUCUACCAUCUUCUGUGCCACCACUUCUGGCUCAAGUAAAGGGACAUCACUUCAGGUCGCCAGUUCUGCUGCUGUGAAUAUAUUUCCAAUCUAUCCUACGUUGCACCAAAUACAGAACCAAACUACUGUGAUGGUUGGGUGUUUGGCAAGAAGCAAAAAUUCAGAUAUCCGAAUCACAUGGAUUUCAGAAAGUGGUCUGACAUUUCCUCCUGUGUUUAAUAAAAAAAUGAAAUCAUUUUCUGUGACAAGUUAUCUCACUGUCAGCACAACUGACUGGAAGAGAGGCAGAUCAUAUACAUGUUCCGUGAAUGGCACACAGAUUAAAAUCUCCAUGAAAACAGGGUAA